CCCAUUCAGAAAUCGAUCGUUGACACUUUGAGAAGAAUUCAUUAUACAAGGUAUGAGCGUCGAGUGUUGGCUGCUCAGAAGAGGGAUCGGCCUGAUCUGCCCUUAUCUGGUUGGCACCAUCUCAAUCUUGCUAAAAAAUUCGACUUGCCACCGUUAGAAGACAAAAUGCCAAGAGUUGACGGCAGCACCUUAUCAGUGGAGGAAUUUCGCGAAAAGUAUGAGCAACCUCGCAUACCCUGCAUGAUCACCGGUCUCACGGAGACAUGGGCAGCUCACGAAAAUUGGAAGAUUGAUAAACUUCUCGAAAAGUAUGCAAAUGCCACGUUCAAAUGUGGUGAAAGUCCAAACGCCAAACCAGUCUACAUGAAGUUCAAGUACUAUGCUGAGUACAUGCGCAAAAAUAAAGACGACAGCCCAUUGUACAUAUUUGAUGGAAAAUUCGGAAGACGACAUGCUACAAUGGACAUGGUGAACGACUAUGAAGUUCCUCCUUACUUCCGAGGCAACCUUUUCGAAGCCUUUGGUUCUUACAAAAGGAAACCUCUGUUCAGAUGGAUUGUGAUUGGGCCAGCUCGUUCGGGGACCAACAUCCAUAUUGAUCCUCUUGGAACAAGCGCCUGGAAUGCUCUGAUUCAUGGUCAUAAACGAUGGGUUUUCAUUCAUCCGGAUGCACCACGCGAUCUUGUGCGAAUUCCGAAAGACCAACGUGGUAUCCACGCAAAAGAGGCCGUCACAUGGUUUUCUACCGUAUACAAACGUAUCUAUGACGGAGACUGGCCGUUCGACAAAUAUCCGGUGAUAGAAUGCAGACAGAACCCUGGCGAAACCGUAUUCGUUCCAUGUGGUGAGCGGAAGAGGAUAUUUUUGGCAGGAUGGUGGCACGUGGUUAUCAAUGAAGACGACACGGUGGCUGUAACACAAAAUUUCUGCUCAAUCACCAACCUCAUCUACGUGUAUCCCACACUCGUCAAGCAAAAACCGCGCUUGGCUCAAAUAUUUUAUGAAAGGUUGGCUGAAAAACAUCCUGAACUGCUCGACAUAAUCAAUAAAGCUAUGUUGGACCCGAAACCUAUAGCGAACGGAUACGAUACAUCUGAUGAAAGUGGGAGUGAGGAAGACGAAGAUGACGACAGUGACGACACCAUAUCUUUGUAUAGCACCGACGUGUCUUGUGCGGAAAGUAGGUACAGCGCUGAAGUUGAGUAUGAGGGGGAUCACGUGAGCGAGGAGUCUGAGCUAGAGUUCAAGACGAAGGAAGAGAUGGAUCAUGUAUCAGACGACGACAAGGAAUCUGUAGGAUUAUGUAACCUUGAAGAGAAGGAAGACGACCUUCGCUGCACCAGCGAAGACAGUGAAAGUGAAGCGUCCUCAGAAGAGUAUGGUUCUGAUGAAGAGAACGACGAAAAUGAGGAAACAUCAGAGGAUGAGGAUGUUAUCCUGAAGAUGCCGAUGAGGUAA